GAGGAAGAGGAAAGAGGGCUUGACGCUUAGGACUUUUAUUUUGGAUAGACGAACAAACAAUUGGAAAGUUACAGCCUCAUAUCACAAAACAAGCAAUCUAGUGAGGUUUAACCCCUGAAAGAAAGGGUUAACUAAGCGGUUAGGUGAGAGAAGCAGAAUGAAGCUUCAUGUUUACGGUUUGAAUGACUGACUGCUCUGUUUCUGCUCCAGCUGUUGCGACCCUCAGACAGUUAGUGGUGUAACACCGAUUCUCCUGUGGAUAAACGUUUCUCAGUAAGAGUGUUAGCAUGAUGCAGUUGGAGGCCCCACUGCGGCUCUGUCACAACUGUUUGUGGUACUAUAAAUUCUCUCAGCGCCUACUGUCACUUUCUGCUACACACAGGUCAUCUGCAAGUUACUAUGACGUUCUUGGGGUUAAGGCUGAUGCAUCACUGGAAGAAAUAAAGAACGCAUUUUUUGACAAGUCCAAAAAGCUUCACCCUGACAGCGACCCAAAUAACCCAAGCCUCCACAGUCAGUUUGUUAAGCUGAAUGAAGCUUACAGGGUGUUGAGUAAAGAGGGCACCAGGAAGGAGUAUGACUUCCUACUGAGACAUCACACUAUGGCCCAGAGUUUUAGUCCCUCCUCCAGAUACACACACAACCCCAGCUCUGCUGAGACGACCGAGAAUGUGCGCUACUGGGAGCAAUUCCGGAAUGCUCAGGACUACUCCGAGGAAGGCUGGCAGAGGAAGAGGAAGAAGAAUUUGCGUCUGGUGGGCUACUGCAUCGUCGCCAUGCUUCUGAGUAUCGGCGCCCAUUACUUUGGGUUCAGAAAACUGGAGGAAGUACAUAAUGACUUCAUGGACAAAAAGGAUAGUGUUAUCACUAAAAUCUACAAUGAGUCAAAAGAGAGAGCCAGGGUGAAUGGCCUUAAGAAGCAGCAGGAGAUCCUGAGACAGAAACACGCAGAAUUUCUGGAGAGAUAUAAGAUUCGUCAAAGUGGCAGAGAGAAGUAGAAAUAUCGUACAGACCUCAUGAGACAUUAUACAGUCCUUAACCGGUCCUGAGUGCACAUAGA